GGCGGCGGCGGGGAGGGGCGCGCGGGCGACGGGGUGGCUGCGCCUACGCACUGCCCGCCGCACCUUGCCGCCCGCCUCGCGCCAGUCAGCAGCUGUGGCUCGUGUUGGCUGAACCAUCUAUAGGGCCAUCCUCUUUUUCUUUGCCUUAGGACUCCUAGAUCAACAAACCAAACACAAUGGCGGAUGAUGAAAAAAAGCGUCUCGAGGAGGCGAAGAAGGCCAAACAGGCCGAAAUCGACCGCAAGCGCGCUGAGGUGCGCAAGCGUAUGGAGGAGGCCUCCAAAGCCAAGAAGGCGAAGAAGGGUUUCAUGACACCUGAGAGGAAGAAGAAGCUCAGGUUGCUGCUGCGUAAGAAAGCCGCCGAGGAACUGAAGAAGGAGCAGGAACGCAAAGCGGCUGAGAGGAGGCGCAUCAUCGAAGAGAGGUGCGGUAAACCCAAGAACAUUGAAGAUGCAAACGAAGCGGAACUCCAGACGAUAUGUCAAAUGUACUGGCACAGAAUAUACAACCUUGAGGGGGAUAAAUAUGAACUAGAACGAGCGAUCGAAAUUAGGAAAAUGGAGAUCUCGGACCUGAACUCUCAAGUCAACGACCUCAGAGGCAAAUUCGUCAAACCCACACUAAAGAAGGUGUCCAAAUACGAGAACAAAUUCGCCAAGCUCCAGAAGAAGGCCGCUGAAUUCAACUUCCGUAACCAGUUGAAGGUCGUCAAAAAGAAGGAGUUCACCCUUGAAGAAGAAGACAAAGAGGCCAAGAAAGCGGAGAAAGCUGAUUGGGCUAUUGGAAAGAAGUAGACCAAACAUAAUAACUAACAAAAAAACCAGACUGGUCCAAGGGCAAGCCAGGAGAUCAGAAGGUAAAAGAGGAAGAGGUUGAGGCAUGAACUGUUAAUCACCCCCACCUACUGUAAGACCUUUAUUCUAUGUCAAUUGACAAUUGUAAUUAACUACCAACACAUUGUGAUAUACCUACCCUCUAUGGCCCGUCGGCCUCCCGCUGACGUCAUCCCGUAGGUAUCUACCAGCAACAAGUUCCUCCAUUAAAAUCUGUGUACUUGUCGAUUGAUCAAAUCCAUUUCGAACAUGUCAAAUAAUUUUUUAUAAUUAUUUAUUUAUUAAAUAAUGAUUUUUUGUAAGAUAAUACGUUUAAUAAAUUAAUUUUCUGUACUGUA